AUGCCGUCUCCGUGGUCCAAGCAGCCUUUGAAGCUUCUCUACCUACUUUUCAUCGUACCCGCAACUCUGACAUCGGUGGCUUACGUCGUGGCCUCUGGUAUAUUCCGGGGACUCAGACCGGAUCCAACAUGGCCCUUUCAAAAGUCGGCCGCUGUCCUGUUUGUUAAACAAGUUUUUCUUAGGCAUCUUUGCGCCCUUCGUAUGCCAGCUACUCUGUCCAUGGACCCGGGCUCAGAAGGCGAAAGAUUCGUCGUCAUCCCUCCUGCGAAAGAGGCUCAGAUUACAGGCCCGGCAAGUGACGCUGAGAUCAAGCCUGCACAACUGGGUGGUACUUGGACGCCAGCUCCUGCGGGGCAGAAGAAUGAUAUGCUCGUUCUCUUGCACUUCCAUGGAGUUGCCUACGUUAUGGGCAAUGGUCGAGAUGCAGAUACAGGCUUCAUCGCUCAGACGCUCUUACAGAACACGCCCUUUACGCAUGUCUUCACGCCUCAGUACAGACUCUCCAACAACCCAGGUGGUCGGUUCCCUGCCGCACUCCAAGAUGGUCUUUCGGCAUUCUCAUACCUAGUGAACGAUCUCGGGAUCCCUGCGACAAACAUUGUUCUGAGCGGCGACUCAGCCGGCGCAAACCUUGCAAUCGCCAUGCUCAGAUACAUCGCAAACUACGGGCCCCAGACCGGACUUCCCUGGCCCAAGGCGGCGCUACUUUGGUCCCCGUGGGUGGACGUGGCCUCUUCCCUGGAUCCUCGCAACAUGGAAAGUCACCGCAACUACUCUACAGACUACCUCCACAGCGCCUUUGGCAACUGGGGUGCAGAAGCCUUGACCGGGUUUGGGGCUGUAUCUGCAGAGGACCCUUACCUUUCCCCAGUACGCAGCCCAUUCCACAUCGGAGUGCCCGUCUGGGUUCAGACUUCCGGCAAGGAGGUGUUUUAUGACGAUAAUGUGCGAUUCGUCAAGGCUUUCCGAGAGAUGGGGACCAAUGUGGACUUCUACGUCGAGGAAGAUGCCCCGCACGACAUCAUCAUGAUGGGAGCCAGGAUUGGAUUCAUCGAAGAAGCAAAGAGAUGCGCUGUUAAAGCUGGCGAGUUUCUGAAGCGAAUCGCUUGA